AUCUUUCUGUUAGUUCUUUCAUUUUCUAGUUUGUCAUUUAAACGUCCCAUAUAUUGCGAUUCGUUCUACGAAAAUUCCAAUUUCACCAGCUCGUAAAUCAUCGCCGUCGGAAGAUUUCGUUAAUUUUGUUCGCGAAAGGAUAUUUGGAAUUAAAAAGUAAUCGUCACAAAAAGAACAGAUGGGCGAAUAUAAAUUAUUUAUAAACAACUGGAAUUUAUUUCUCGAAUUUAUGACCGGCCAACUUGACGUACGAUCGUGACAAUAAUAUUCUGAAUCUUACUCUCUUUCAUAUCCUUGAAGGAACUUUUUCAUUUCGCUCGUGUUAUGUCGACUAUUGUAGGAAAGAUCUAUGAACCGAUAUAAAUCAGAAGUUAGCUUCGCGGGUUUAUAACGUACAACAAAUCGUAUCUCCCCCAGUUCCUCGUGUCCCAAUUUAGGAAAUGAACGAUUGGCUGGAAACAGCCAGCCACGGAUUAGUGUACUUCGCGCUAGGUUCGUUGCUGAACAUCGAAACCUUGCCAUUGGACACGUUGCUGAGCUUGUACGCGAAAAUUUCACCAAUAAGAGUCUUAAUGAGGAUUACCAACGCGAUAAAAUUGCUUCCUGGUCUGCCAGAUAACUUGAGGAUACGAUCUUGGAUUCUUCAGAUGUCGGUACUAGACUUAUGGGAACUCAGGAAGCCAUCCACUAUGGAGUUCCAAUGAUAGGAAUACCGGUGUUCUUGGAUCAGAUGAGAAACAUCGAUAUCAUGGCUUACAAGAAUAUGGGAGUGUUAUUACGUUUAGAGGAUCUCGAUGAACGUUCCAUGGAUAUCGCGCUAAAUGCACUUUUACACGAUCCUAAAU